AUGUACUUCAUGGCGCAUGCUCUUUCUAUCUCCGAGGGUCGUCUUAACUCCUAUCUGGUGCGGACUGCACUUCCCGGCGUGCCCCGCGGCGGAGCCCGCCCUCAGCCCCUGCCGGCGCUGCACGCCUAUGCCCUGCGGCGCGUUGGCGACGCGGGAAGUGGAUGGGGGUCGUCGGCAGUGUCCCCGCGGCGCGCGGCUGGGAGCCGGUGGAGGGGCGCGGGCCCGCUGAGGGGAACGGGCUGGGCGGCCCCGUGGCGGGAGCUCUCCCGGUUUGGCGGGUUGAGACGCCCGUACUGGUCGCUUCCUGCCGAACGUCAUUGUGGCGCGGUGCCGCUGACGAGUGCUGACUUAAAGCUCCUGGAAGAAGCUACAAUCUCAGUCUGCAAGUCUUUAGUUGAGAAGAAUCCUCAAACAGGAAACCUUGGGUCACUGAUUAAAGUCUUUCUUUCUAGAACCAAAGAGUUUAAAAUUUCAGCAGAAUGUCAGAAUCGCCUCUUUAUUUGGCAGGCUCACAAUGCACUGUUUAUUAUUUGCUGUUUGCUGAAAGUAUUCAUCAGUCGCAUGUCAGAAGAGGAGCUACAACUUCAUUUUACUUAUGAAGAGAAAGCACCAGGCUCAUACGGUCCAGUAUGGGCACCCAGUAAAUGGACACAUGCUGAUAUCACUAAUCAUAAAACUGGUACUGGAAGCUUGCCAGCGGGAGCUACAUCGGCGGCAUCUAGCCACACAGCCUCCGGUGUUGGAGGCAUCGCUGCUGUUACAGAAGAGGACAAUCUGGGCCUCCCCGAGGAAUGCAUGUGACCAGCUACGGGCAGAACUAGAGAACAGAACUCUGCACUAUUCCUUACAUGCCUGUGACUGUGGACAAAGGGAAUGUGGCUGGGUUCUAUUACUUUGUGGCUUCUGUAAACUUGUAUGGUGGGUCUCUGUAUAUACCUUGCAAACGGAUUUAGGGUGUUUACAGUGUAAAUGGAAAAUU